AUGAUCGGAUUGAAGACCCUCCUUAUCUCGGCUCUGUCCGUAGUCAGCGUCGCUGCCCGCGCCGUCGAAGUCGUUGCUGAGCGAUCUGAUGUCGCUCUUGACGCCGAGAAGAGAGCCACCUGUGUCUACCACUGCGGCAGCGUGUGCUACUGGCAGGAGGACAUUGACGAGGCCCUGGCCAAGGGAUACAGUCUGCAGAAGUCUGGCUCCGACAUUAACGACUACCCUCACCAGUACAACAACUACGAGGGCUUCAGCUUCCCUACCGCGUCGCCGUGGUAUGAGUUCCCGAUCCUCUCAUCAUACAAUGUCUACACGGGUGGCUCGCCAGGUGCCGACCGUGUCAUCUUUGACGGAAAGGGCAACUUUGAUGCUUUGAUCACCCACACUGGCGCCAGUGGCAACAACUUUGUCGCCUGCACCAAGGGUUAG